AUGGGUGCUGGUGAUGCAGCAGCCUCCAUCUCCUACCUGCGGAUGUCUGGGUCCCCUCAGCCCGGCGGAGUCUCAGGCUCAGUCAGGCAGCCGCUUUCAAACGCGCACAACAAGGUGUCUUCAAGUCACAUUGACGAUUUUCCAUCACUGGGGUGUCCGCGCGCCCCUCUACCGCCCCCUGCCGAAAGACUCAGCAGCAUCCUCAUCCUCGCCGCUAGACGCCAGCGAUCUGGAAGCCUUGUUGGAUAUGGUUCAGUGCUGAUGGCGCAGUCAGAGCUGUUUAAGACGAGGGCGCCCCCUGUGGAGGCACAUCCUGUGGAGCUGGAUGUCCUGGGCUUCCUGGAACCAUUUACGGAGGAAAACAGCACGGCAGAGCGAUGCUUCCGCUCCCACUCCCGCAGCAGUGUCCUCCAGGGCCUGCCAUUUGGUGGGGUGCCCACAGUCCUCGCCAUCAACGUGAUGCUCUGGAUGUUCCUAUUGCUCAUCUUUUCUUGUCUAAGGAAAGCCGCGUGGGACUACGGCCGCCUGGCUCUUCUGAUGGAGAAUGACAGUCUCACAUCCCUGUUUUAUGGAGAACCGAGUGAAAAGGAGAAGUCUCCUUCAGAAUCCAGCCCCUCAGACACCGAGACCAAGGACAUGGGCUUCUGCUCGUGGCUUUCGUCUCUUUACCAUAUGAAGGAUGAGGAGAUCCGCAGCAAAUGUGGCAUUGAUGCUGUCACAUACCUGUCCUUCCAGCGCCACAUCAUCCUUCUCCUGACAGUGGUUUCCCUGCUGUCUUUGGCUGUAAUCUUGCCGGUCAACUUUUCCGGGAAUCUCCUGGGAGACAGUCCCGAAAACUUUGGAAGAACAACACUGGCUAAUGUCAGUGCAAAGAACAGCUUUCUGUGGCUGCACAGCAUCUUUGCUCUGGUUUACUUCAUCAUAACGUUGCUGUGUAUGGCUCACCACUCAUUACGGCUGGAAUACAGAGAAGAUGAGAAGGUUGCCAGGACACUAAUGAUUACUUCCAUACCAAGAGAGAUCGCUGACCCAGGACUCGUCACCAAACACUUCCAUGAGGCCUAUCCCAGCUGCACAGUCACCGAUAUCCGCUUCUGCUUUGACGUUCACAAGCUGAUGAAGCUAGACCUGGAGAGACGCAAGGCCAUGAAAGGCAGGCUGUAUUUCGCAACCAAGGCCCAGAAGGAGGGGAGGAUCAUGAUAAAGACCCAUCCGUGUGCACAGAUAUUCUGUUGUGACAUUUGUGGCUUUGAGAAGGUGGAUGCGGAGCAGUACUACAGCGAGUUGGAGGAGAAGCGAACCGAUGAGUUUAACGCGGAGAAGAACCGCAUCUCCAUGAAGAGGCUGGGCAUCGCCUUUGUGACUUUCCGAGACGAGAGGAUGACGGCCGUCAUUGUGAAGGACUACAGCCGUGUGUUUUGUCGUCGCCGGCCUCAGCAGUCCAGCAUCACCACGGUGGUGCAGUCGCACAAAUGGGGUGUCAGCUACGCAUCGGCGCCCAGUGACAUCAUCUGGGAGAACCUGUCAGUGUGUGGAUCUCGCUGGUGGCUCCGCUGUGUCCUCCUCAACAUUCUCCUUUUCCUGCUGCUCUUUUUCCUCACCACUCCCGCCAUCAUUGUCAACACCAUGGAUAAGUUCAACGUCACCAGGCCUGUGGAGAGCUUGAGGAGCCCUGUGAUUACCCAGUUCUUUCCAACCCUCCUGCUGUGGGCGUUUUCAGUGCUCCUGCCCUUCAUCGUCUACUACUCUGCCUUCUUUGAGUCCCACUGGACCAGAACUGGUGAGAAUCAAGUUACAAUGCACAAGUGUUUUUUCCUGCUGGUCUUCAUGGUCAUCAUCCUCCCAUCUCUUGGUCUGUCCAGUCUUGACCUCUUCUUUACGUGGCUCUUUGAUGUCCACUUCCUGGAUGAAAAGGACGUCAAAUUCCAAUGCGUGUUUCUUCCCGACAACGGUGCAUUCUUUGUGAACUACGUGAUCACCUCCAGCCUGAUCGGCACUUCCAUGGAGCUGCUUCGCAUCCCGGCUCUGACGGUUUACGCUUUCCGCCUCUGCUUCGCAAAGUCCCAGGCCGAGCGGAUUCAUGUGAAACGGAGUCAAGCUUAUGAGUUCCAGUUUGGCCUAGAGUACGCUUGGACCAUGUGCAUCUUUGCUGUCAGUAUGACCUACAGCAUCACAUGUCCCAUCAUUACACCCUUUGGUCUGCUCUACGUGAUCCUAAAGCACAUGGUUGACAGAUACAACAUUUAUUAUGCGUACGUUCCCACCAAACUCAACCAGCGAAUCCACCGAGCCGCCAUCAGCCAGGUCAUUGUGGCUCCCAUCCUCUGCAUGUUCUGGCUGCUCUUCUUCUCUGUGCUCAGACUAGGUCCAGUUCAUCCCAUCACCCUUUUCACCCUUGGAUCCCUGAUCUCCUGCGUUGCCUGUUACAUUUUCCGCCUGUGCCUUAGAAAAAUACCAGACAAGUCAACAAGCUACCAGAUGUCUGAUCAGCCAGCAGAGGGAACAUUCACUGAUGCCGACAGGAGCACUGUGACAUCCACCACGGCCUCCAGUCUCUUUGUGGCGUCUGUGUUACUGGAACCAGAGCUGGCCUUAACCCCGAUGCCCUCCCCAGCUCACCACGGCUACGGCGCGAUGGCGAGCUCCCAGAGUGGAAGUCACAGUCCGGCGGCAGAAGCGGAGGGUGAGGUGGACCAAACCCGAACUCAUGAGACUGAGCUCCAAGACCCUGCAGAGCCCUAUAUCUCCAGCCCUCUCAUGGACAGCCCUGUGGGUUACCAGUAACAGCAAAUCCCACCAAAACUAAGCCAAGAUAAUUAAUGCCAGAAAUCUGCAUUUCUACCACUGACCUCAACCUCUGGCUAAGUUGCCUAACACGCUGAAACUAGAUCGGGUUUGUUUGAAAGGAUGAAGAACCUAAAGAGGAGAUGACUUGAGAAUAAAGGAGCCACAUCAAUAUAAAAAGUCUUAAAAACGACAGCAUUUUCGCAGAAGAACGCCUUAAUCUGUCUCAUGUAAAUCAAUCUCGACAGACAGCAACAUCAGGCUAACGCACAGUUAUUCCACUUUAAAGAUCAGACGCUCCAUGAUUCUAUCUUCUUCUGCGGCUUCAUUUGCAUGCUGAAAAGUUUCAAAGUAACGGGGGGUGGUCACUGCUCUCAUAGAGACACGGCCCAUGCUGUGCCUCUUGGACAUGAGUGGAGGUGAAAGUUCCCAUGGGAGUGGGUGGUGUGAGCAGGCUUGCCCUGGCAGACUGGCAUAGUGGUCUGGAUUGGGGUGAUAUCUGGUUCCUCUGUGAGGCUGUGGGUGAGGGCAGCUAGUUGUGAAGCCAUCUGCAGUGCGAGUGCAGACAGACGGAAGGCCGAAUGUAACUCAGACAUGUACUGUAAUAUAUGGGCGCUCUCUCCACAGAAGCAUAGGCAGCGUGACUGAAGCUCAUUGUAAUUAUUUUUCAUUUAAGGUUGCUAUUUUUGCUACAGUAUUUUCA